AUGACGGCCUUCACUUACACCCACUCACCCUCCCUCGCCCCCCUAACAAUUCAAUCCCCCCAAACCCUCUCAGCAACCAGCAACCCCCCCAUCGACUACCUCAUGACCAGCGUCAUGGUCCUCCGCCAACCUCACUCUCACUCCCAAAACAAACCCCAGAAGCCGCAAAUCCUCCUCCUCCGUCGCCACCCACAAGAUUCCUACCCCCUCAAAUGGGAACCCCCCGGCGGCUCCAUCGACCCUUCCGACACAACGGUUCUCUCCGCCGCAGCCCGCGAACUCCACGAAGAAACUAAUCUCUCAAACCCUCAUUUCCAUACCUGGGUCGCCAUGGCGAGGGAAGUAAACACUGAAGACGCUGCAAAGAUGAAGAAUUGGGGUGUUUUGCCGGAGGAGGAACUCGCGAGGGAUGUGGAAGUGAAGAUUGAUGAGGGGGGGAAUGUAGUUAGGGUGACGACUUUUUGGGAGACGAAGGAUGUUUGGGGGAAGAUGAAUUUCGUUGCUACGGUGGAUGAGGGUGCGAGGGUGGAGAUUGAUCCUGAGGAACAUGUUGAGUGGGGGUGGUUUACGGAGGAGGAGGUGAGGAGGGGACGAGCUGCUGUUUUGCCUUGUGAGAAUGGGAAUGGAGUUGGGAAGGGGGAGAGAGUGCUGGAGUUUACGAGUCGGGCUGUUUGGGGAUCUUGUUUGGAGGCGUUUAGGGUUGGUAGGGAGUUGGGCGUGAUUGUGUGA